UAAGCUCAUCCCCAGUGCUCUCUCACUCCUCUCUUAUCUUCUCUUCUCUCCCUAAUUUUUUUGUCAAUUAGCAAGGAAACGACACCGUUUCUUUUGUCUUGCCUGAUUUUUCGAAAUGGAGUUUGAGGAUCAGGAAGACCACGUCGACGAGGAGAUGGAGCUGCCGGAAAGUUACGACCGCCCGAUUUCAGGACCCGAAGCCAUUCUCUCCACUGGUAUUUCGAACCAGAAGAAGCCCAGGUACCGAGAGUGCCUGAAGAACCACUCAGUAGGAAUCGGAGGACACGCAGUGGACGGCUGCGGCGAGUUCAUGGCGGCUGGAGCAGAAGGUACGCUGGACGGGCUAAAAUGCGCGGCGUGCAACUGUCACCGUAACUUCCACAGAAAGGAGACCUCCGAAUCUUGCAGUGAAAUCGUUUUCCAUCAUCACCACCUCGCGCACCAUCAGGUUCCGCAAUUCACGCCCUACUACCGAACUCCAGCUGGAUACCUCCACGUGGCACCGCAGCAGCAGCAGUACAGGCCGCUCGCUCUACCUUCCUCGUCUGGUGGUGGAGGGAGUCACAGUAGAGGAGGAGACGAUCAAGAAGACGUGUCGAAUCCGGGAGUGUACGGUGGUUUGUCGAGGAAGAGACACCGGACCAAGUUUACGCUGGAGCAGAAGGAGAAGAUGCUUGGACUGGCGGAGAGGCUCGGGUGGAGAUUACAAAAGCACGAUGAGGAGGUUAUCCAGCAGUUCUGUAACGAGACUGGAGUGAAGAGGCAAGUGCUCAAGGUGUGGAUGCAUAAUAACAAGCACACUUUGGGUAAGAAACCCUUAGAAUAAUUAACUUUGAAUGAAAUCAUCUCCAUCUCUUGAAUGACAAUAGUUAGGGUUUCUAGCGUUCUUCUCUCAAUUUUCUUUAGUGGGACUGUAAUGGUAGGCUUUUUUUUAGGGUAGAUUAAGCUGAUAUCAUGGAGCAUUUAAUUUUGGAUUUUCACAUCCAGUGCAAGUUGAGAAUUUCUGGUUAUGAGUUUCAGUGAACAUUAUUAUUAUACUUUGUUUUUAGCACUAUGAGUAGAGUGAGUGAGUGAGUGAACUAAUGGUACCUAUUUAUGUUGAGGUUAUCAGUCUAUGAUAAGUCCUUGCAUUACUUUGUUUGAGGACUUCGAGUAGCAUGAGAGAGAAUGUGACGGUGGUUGGGAUGGUUAAGUUAUUGUGACAACUCCAUUCAAA